CCUCACCUCAGCGCCCACACUCAAAAUGGUGCCUUCCGCCUCCCCGCGGCCUCCUCGUAUUGGAAGGAACUGGAAGACGGAGAGCCGCGAUUGACUGCCCGCCAGCCGAGCGACGUCCACGGAUUGGGCGAGAGCCGGCGGCGCGGGGAGAGGCGGCACCUUCGAUGGCGGGUACGGCAGCUCGGGCCCCGCGGGCGGGUACAUGCAGUCCCCGGGGGGCUUCGGCUCCCCCGCUGGCACCCAGGGGGAGAGGAAGCAGCGGAUCCGCUCCCAGAGCAUCCUGCCCUGCACCGUGUCGCAGCUGCUGGCGGCGGAGCACAUGGAGGAGACGUUCCGCAUCCGAGACACGGAGAUCUCCCAGGUCACCAUCGUGGGGCUCAUUCGACACGCCGAGAAAGCACCGACAAACGUUCUCUACAAAGUGGACGACAUGACGGCGGCUCCGAUGGAUGUCAGGCAGUGGGUCGAUACCGACGAGGCAGGUAGUGAGAACGUUGUGGUGCCUCCAGGAACUUACGUAAAAAUAGCUGGUCACGUCCGGUCGUUCCAGAAUAAGAAAAGCUUGGUGGCAUUUAAGAUCAUGCCUCUGGAAAACAUGAAUGAGUUCACCUCACACAUGCUAGAGGUUGUCCACGCACAUAUGGUCCUCAGGAAAAGUCAUAUGCCAGCAUAUAGAGUCCCUCAGUCGUUUUCCUCUGCUGGGACGGUUGACAUGGAGGGCUAUGGAGGAGGCAGCAGCCUGGCUGUGAAUGGACUCACAGCCCAUCAGAGCCAGGUGCUGAACUUGAUUAAAAACUGCCCUGUCCCCGAAGGGAUGAGCCUGCAGGAGUUGAAACUUCAGCUCCAAAAUAUGAGCAUGUCAACAAUCAAGCAAGCUGUUGAAUUCCUCAGCAGUGAGGGACACAUCUACUCUACUGUGGAUGACGAUCACUACAAGUCCACAGAUACCGAGUGAAGAGACUUCCAGAGGGAUUUAGUUCUAAGCAAAUGCUUGUCUGUGUAUCAAGUUAUCCUGCCAAGCUUUGCAACGCAGACGGUGGUCUUUGCUCUCUCUAGCCUAUGAAGGUCCUGGUUACUCUGCGAGUGCCUCCUUGGAAUUCAAGGACAAGCAGAAAGUCUCUUAACUGGACUCAAUUAAAUGCUGUGAUGAUGUGACUGAAAGCAUAAUCAGCCAUAGGAAAACUGAACUCCUCAAAGCUUCAGAGCCUUGAGUUUGGUUUUGUCUCCUCAGAGGGUGCCUGUGUUAGAAAGGAGAACCUCUUUCUAAUAUUGUCCUGGGCCAAUUGUCUUUUGUUUCUAGAGCUGUUUCUCCUAACUCAACUUUUCAUUCCAUUUAAUUCAAAGUGGGGUAGCAAAGGGUAGUAUUCCACUCAUUUACAGUAAUCAUGAAUAGAUUUUUAAUUGGUUUAGUUUAUGCAUUUAAAUUUAUAUUUGUACUAGGAGGUGAUCUUGUUACCAGAGCUUUUGAACGUUUCAAUAAAGUUUAACUGCGGGAGUCUCGCA